AUGCCAAGCAGCAAUGAAACACUUGCACUCACAGAUCUGCCACCAAACAUCUUGGAGUCAUUGAUCCCGGGAUAUGGCCUCAUAUCUCGAUAUAUUGCAGCCACUUUAGGCAUAGACAUCAGCAUUUUCGUGUCGAUCGGCAUCGUGCUUCUAGCUCUGACCAAAGGAGGACAGUAUCUCUUCUUAACACUCGAGAAGUUGUUCCGAGACCUUUUCAUGUCGUCAGUAUACAUCGACCAGCAUGAUGACCUCUUUGACAUGGUGAUGGGCUGGCUAGCAGAGAACCAGCAAACAGGUUCGAGAAGAAGUCUAAGAGCUAAAACACAAAAAGGUUCCAAGGUUGAGGAUGCAUUUGACGAUACACCGGGGGAUGCUCUGGACGAAAACGGUAUGUUUGACUACACAAAAUGGAGUGCUCGACUUCCACCUCGGUACGAGCCAUAUUACGGUCGCAACUAUCUGCUCCACCAGGGGAGAUUGUUCUUCUUCAAGAGGUCUGUGAAGCAAGGUGGGCAGCGCGUUCAAGUGACUUGGAGCAAUGCAGAGGACGAACUGCUCCAGAUCGACUGCAUUGGCCGUUCUUUGGAGCCCAUCAAGGACUUGUUGAGGACCAUCAAGAUAUGGUCACUGAAUAGAGUGCGUGGUACGACCACAAUUCGGCAUCCCACCGCAAGAGAUCGAUCGAGGUUUAGUGGUUCUUGGUCCAAGACUGCUAGUCGACCUUCGCGCCCAAUGGAAACUGUCAUUUUAGAUGCUACGCAAAAGUCAAUGAUAGUGCGAGACAUGAACGAGUACCUUCAUCCUGCUUCUCCACGAUGGUAUGCUACUCGAGGAAUUCCAUACCGUCGUGGAUACCUGUUUCAUGGGCCACCUGGGACUGGCAAAACUAGUCUCAGCUUUGCGCUGGCAGGCAUAUUUGGUCUGGAGAUCUAUGCCAUUAGCUUGCAGGAACCGACAUUGACUGAAGGAGAUCUCCUACAGCUCUUCAACGGACUGCCACGCCGCUGUAUCGUUCUCCUUGAGGACGUUGAUGCUGCAGGCCUUCUUCGCGACAAUCAGAGCAAAGAUGACGAUAAGCCAAAAGGCGCUGCAGCUGGAAAGGGCAACGAUGAUGAAAAGGAGAAGGAAGGAGCUAGGAGCAAGAAUGGCGGCGAAUUUGAAAAGGACAGCGACAAUGGCCUCGCAGGAAAGAAGACAAAUAGCAAUCUCGAUAGCCACACCGCGAAAGCGAAAAGCAGAACACAGCUUUCAAGCAUGUCGCCGGCAGACUUGGAGGAGCUCGCGAUAGAAUUUGCCAGCCUCGUUCCGACUAAUACUUUUACGCCAGCCGAGAUCCAAAACCACUUAAUGAAAUACAAAAAGGAGCCACGAACCGCGGUCGAGCUUGCCGAGGAAUGGAUUCAGGAAUUAAUCGUCGAAAAGAUAAAAGAGGCCGAGGAAUAUAAUAUAGCGCAGGUCGACGACGAGUAG